AUGAAGUACAUCAGCCUGAUCAUCGCCGCCUUGAUGGGCGUCUCUUUCUUCCUGGCUGCACCAACCUUUGCGAACGACAUCAUGGAGGGCCCCACGGGCAACUACACCAUGGCGGACGUCAAGUGGGAGGUUCCCAUCAGCCCCGAUCGCACCGACACGGUCACCGGCACAGUUGAGGACGUCACCCGACACCUUCAGGUCCUUGCUCCCGAGAUCCUCCAAGCCAUCAACACUUCCGCCCCGGGUCUCGAGGCCCCCACCAGCGACCCCGUCCCAUUCGGUGGUGCCUUGGUCAAGACUCCUGCGCCAAACGAAGUCAAGUGCGAGGUCUUCAACUUCCGCGCGGAUGCCCAGGCAAUCCACAGCGGCAUUUUAUACCUCAGUAAACUCUCCGGCAAGCCAUCGAACGGCCCUAACUCAUGCGGCCGGGUGAGCUGCUCCUACGACUCGGCCAUUUAUUGGUGCAACGACAACUCCGACACCUACACCUUGGACAGCUGGAGCAUGGUUGCCGACGGUGCCCAGGCAGUGAUGAAUGCCUGCGGCCCGGGCGUUAACCACAACAAGUUCAAUGGGGUGUCGCUUUACGAUGGCGGUUGGAAGGUCGAGGUGUAUUUUGAGAGCUGUUAG